AACUGCAGUGUGGAGCAAAAUAUUCAUCAGUUCUGAUGUCUAGUUACUAGCAGUUGGGUGUGGCACAUGCUGCGUUUAAGAAUCCUUUUGUCUGAAGAGAUGUUGAUGUCAGCUGCUGAUGAUUCACAACUUUGAUACGAUGCUGUAUACUCUUCAACUCUUCCUUGUCGCAUCGAUUGUGUUUUCAGGUGUCAAUGGACAGACGACACCAAGUCCGACUGGAGUUGCUCCUAGAAUUACCUCCACCUGGGACAGCGUCAUACAGCUGAACUAUGGGGACAGUCUGGACCCCCUGGACUGUCGGGCAGAGGGCACGCCUACGCCGGCUGUCAGCUGGCAGCGAGAGGGGACGUCCCAGGUUUUAGACAACCCCAUUAGCUUCCCGUACACCACAUACACUCAGGAGGGCACCUACACCUGUGUCGCUACCUCACCCGACUUCCCUCCUGCCUCAAAAAAUGUCACGAUAGACGUUACAGGGCCGCCAGCAAUCUUGGGUCCUGAAGUUGUAGAUCUAAGUGACCAGAAAGGUCAGCAAGUCCGGAUGGAGUGCAGAGCCAGAGGCGACCCACCGGUCAGCCAGUUUGACUGGUUUGUGGGGCGUGGCCGUGCACAGCCGGUACAGAGUGAAGGAAACCCGGAUUACAGCCUGGAGGAAGAUUUAACUGGCUCCCCGGCCACGAGUACACUCACCAUCAUGAGCCUGAAGGACUCGUUGGCUGAUGAGUAUGCCUGCUGGGCCAUGAACACGGACGGGCAAAAAGACAUGAAACGGUUCAAUGUCAAGAUCUCAGCCCCAGCGGGUCGAACGGGUAUUACAGCGAAAGAUGGUGCGAUUGCAGGAGGUGUGGUCGGAGCCUUAGUGAUCAUGACCAUCAUAGCUGUGAUCGUCUUCUACUUUUGGAAGAGAAAACAGCCUAAGAGUAGAACUGACGCAGAUGGUAACAACUAUGAAUUCCAUGAGCUGUGAGCACUAACCUGAAGACUGAUGUCUGGAGCAUGAGACUGUGAGGGACAGAGCAGCUUGCCACUACGAUGCUUGCCAUAGCAAAAAAAUAUAAGGAAAAGGAAAGUGUUAAAGAUCAAAAUAUGUCAUUAGAGAAACAGUGUGGAAACGAAUAGAAUUUGAACAAAAAAGUUGGCAUAAAGGGAGUUCAAUGAAAGUAGAUUUAAAUGAAUUAUGGUGGCUUAACACUAGAUUAGGAUAGAAGAAUAUUUGAGGUUAAACAAAGAAGACAAGUAAAAGUUUGGAAGAAAGUUGCAGACUUACAGUUUGGCAGGGGUAUCUAGUAUGCUACCGUUUGGCUGGCUGAAAAAAAGAUCCCAGCACUAAAAAGAUAGUUCGAUAAAAAUGCCUAAAAAGACGUAAAAAUUGAGCUGAAGGCUAAAACUCUGCUUGGAGAGUAGAAUUUGCCAUGCUAGGGCCAAUCAAGGUAGAUUUUUGAUGCUGUGAGUUUGAACAGAAGGUGUGAAUAUUUAUAGUAAAUCAAGCUUAGCUUGAAAGAAGAAUGUCAUGACUAGUGUUUUAAUCUUUGGUUGUGGGAGUGAUAGUUUUGGUGUUAGGUGUACCAAGGACAUUGUAUACAAAUAAUGUUGUACGGUUCCGAUGUACACACGUAUGUAUCAACAUAGGGAUUUUAGAAUUCACCUUAAGGAAAGCACUCUUAUAUCAGAGAACAGAGAGAAGUUUGUGUUUGGUGUAAUAUGUACAUUUUGUACAUGUGUAUAAGGGAAAACAUGUUGCAAGCACUCUAUGCACUAUAUACAAAGUGUAGGACAUGCUCACAGUGCUUUAAAUUCCUGUGCCUGUUGCAAAAGUUAUGUGUAAAGUGAGGCCUUAACAAAUUAUAUAUUGCAAGGACAUUUAACUUUUGAUACUCUGUUUAUCUGUGUUAAAUCCUUUUUUGUGUCCUCUUUGGCAACUUCAGGGUUCAACCCUUUCUAAGAAAAUUAAUCUUGUAAAAGAUAUGGAGUGUUGUAUCAAACUGUAGCACAGAUGCUAAAAAAUGUCAAUGAUUCUAUACACAGAAUUGGCCAUCGUAUUACGCAGUGAUGAGUGCACAGCACUAAUACGUAUUAUUAUCUCAGGUCAGAAUGGAUGAAAUCUUACGCUAGAAGUGCUCUUGAUAUUAAACUUUGGAAGCAAGUAAUGCUAGCAGUGGUAUGAUGUUAGUACCCCCUGUGUUCCUAUCGUGUAUCAUAACUCCACAAUAAGCCCCAAAAUUAACACUUUCAGAAACAAGAUAUUUUUUAUUCUUUGCCUGAAAUGUCACACCAGCCAUUUCCCAUUGUGUUCCCUUUUACAAAUAUCCCAUGUACAUGUACACAUACCAGUACUAAUGUCCUGCCAUGUGCAUAUUACAUAAAGCUAUUAGCAAACAGAUAUAUUUCUGUAUGGAGGCAGUAACUGAGGUUGAUGCUUAUAUCUAUCUAUGUCAUUAUUUAUUCCAAGAUAUUUGCCUUAUGAAGAUUUGUAUAUAUAUUAUCAGAAGCAGUUUUAUGGAAUGGCAGGCCACAUUGCAAGCACAUAGUUUUCAUAGAAUGAUGUUUAAAUGGUAUAAUGAAGCACAAUUGAUAAUUAUUUCCACUGGUGAUUUAGAUGAUAUCUUUUUCACGUUUGCAUCUCUUUUGAUUAUACAAAUUAUGUAGUUUGAGCUUGCAUGUUGCGCUAAAAUUGCCAUUUGCUUUGUGCACAUCUUUUCAUCAUAUUGCCAGGUGUUUGUAUAUAUCUGUUUCUUACAGAAUGUUUAAUACAAUUUUAAAUAUAUACAUCUUGUAUAUGUUGGACGUAAAAGAUGAUAAGCUAUCACGUAUCACGUACAAUGUAACAUUCCUAGUCUAAGAUUGCUUCAAUAUAUCAAUCAGUAUAUCAGAAGUUUCAAUAUUGUUCAGGGUAUAAGCAAGCCUUUUUCUUUGAUUAAAAAUCCCCACAUGUAUGUAGAUGCUUUGAAUGUAUGCAGUGAUUUAGAAAAUAAAAAGGUCUGAAGAAAAA